ACAUCAGAAAGUUGUCCAAAAUUGCUUUUUUCUUUUUAGUUCACAACCCUUUACUGCAUUUUUCAUUGAAUUAUUGGACUCUCAAUAGAAGCAGCAUUGUUUUCAAGAGCUUUUGCUUUUUUAUUUCCUACAGAACAAGAACAUUCAAAUUUUUUUUGCUUUUUCUUUUUAAUCUCCUUUUUUUUUUUUACCCUUUUGUUUUCUAUAUCUAUAGUUUGAUUUCGAUGAAAAUUACUAUAGUUUAAGCUGAGUUUUUAAUUUCAUGUCAUGCUUUAUAUCAUAUAGUAUGUGCCAAAGUGAUUACAGUUUAUACAAACUACUGAAAUUAAUUUAGAGUUCACAAACAAACACAAUCUGUGACUCAACCCUUCAUUUUUAUAUAUAUUUGCAGGUUUUAAAGAAGUUCAUUGAUCACAUAUUAUUGAACUAAGAUGAAUAAAUCAUCCAACUUUGGUGAAAAUUCUGAUAUGGAUCAUUCAGUGAGUGAUACUCCUGCUUUUUCUCCAUUGAGUGGUGAUUCUUUUGGAUACUGCAGAGUUUGGACAAGCUCAGAUGCAUCAAAUUCAAAUUUCUCAGACACUUUAGAUGAUAGCAGCUAUGCUAGUGAACCUUCGCCUUCACCGUCUCAGUGGAGGGAUGUUAAACCUGGUCUUUCCAAGCUAGGAAUGAAGCUGCGCAAGAACUCGGUCCAUACUAAACUUGAUGAUAAUGAUCUCUUGGAUACAGGUGAACUUGAAAUGAUGAAGGAAAGAUUUGCAAAGCUUCUGCUAGGAGAAGACAUGUCUGGUGGAGGGAAAGGUGUUUCCACAGCAGUUACAAUCUCAAAUGCCAUUACCAAUCUCUAUGCAACAGUAUUUGGACAAAGCUUAAAAUUGGAACCAUUGAAGCUUGAGAAGAAAACCAUGUGGAAAAGGGAAAUGAAGGUUCUUUUAUCGGUGUGUGAUUACAUACAAGAAUUUGCACCAACUGCACAAUAUUUAGAAGACGGCACAAUUGUUGAGAUGAUGAAAAGCAGGCCAAGGUCAGAUAUCUAUGUCAACCUCCCUGCACUGCAGAAGCUUGACACAAUGCUUAUAGAAAUAUUAGAUUCUUUUGAGGAUACUGAAUUCUGGUAUGCAGAGAACAUAUCAGCAAGUUCACCUCGCUUACGCGCAGCCUCGUUUCGAAAGAUUGUUCCAAGGAAAGAUGAGAAAUGGUGGUUGCCUGUUCCUUGUGUUCUCCCUGGUGGCCUCUCUGAGAAGUCAAGGAAACACCUUAUAGAGAAAAGGGAUUGUGCUAAUCAAAUUCAUAAAGCAGCAAUGGCCAUUAAUAGCAAUAUUCUUGAUGAAAUAGAUAUUCCAGAAACAUACAUAGAAGAUCUUCCAAAGCUGAAAUUCUAUUGCCAAGUGAUUGAGGAUUCCUAUAAAUGUGACCCUAUAAGGCAAAUGUCUUGGAAUUUAUCAUCAAAUUUCAUAAGCCUUUUAUGGAAGCCAAUAAUAGCAGCUGAGUCUUGUAGAAAACGCGAUGAUAUAAUUUCUUAUAAGAGUGGAAGAGGAAGUCUAGGGGACACAAUUUACCACUACAUGUAUACUGCAGACAAGUUCUCACCUGAUCAACUUCUUGACUGUCUCAAAAUAAGCUCUGAACAUGAAGCACUUGAUCUAGCAGACAGGGUUGAAUCAUCAAUGUACACAUGGAGACGUAAAGCUUGUCUUAGCCACUCAAAGUCAUCAUGGAAAGAAGUAAAAGAUCUCAUGGAUGACACUGAUUGGAAGGACAAAAACUACAUCUUAGCUGAUAGAGCUGAGGCUUUGUUGUUUUGCCUCAAGCAAAGAUAUCCUGAACUUUCGCAAACUUCUUUGGAUACAUGCAAGAUCCAAUACAACCGGGAUGUGGGGAAAGCAGUACUAGAAAGCUAUUCGAGAGUUUUAGAAGGCCUAGCCUUCAACAUUGUUGCUUGGAUUGAAGAUGUUCUUUAUGUAGAUAAUUCAAUGAGAAAUCGAGAAGUCUAGAAACCACAACUGGAUUUCACUACUCCAUUAUAACAAUGUUUCUCAUCCAUUCAACAAUCAUUUGUAAACCAUAGAUUUGAGAGGAUGCAGACAGUUAGUAGAUGAUGUGUGAUAAGAUAUUCACUUGCAUCUGUUGAAGUUUAUUUGUCAACAUUAUAUAGAAGACAGUUUCAACAUUCAGUUGAAGUUUAUAUAUCUUUUUCCACUAGAUGUCCAAAAACUGUAUUUUGAUAAGUUCACAUUCACUUUUUGAAA